UCGGCCCGAGGCGCUCAUGGCUCAUUGUGUCGUUUCUAGGCCUGCUGGACCAGGGCUUCAGGAGGACGCCAUGAGCGGGAGGUUGUGGUCCAAGGCCAUUUUUGCUGGCUACAAACGUGGCCUCCGAAACCAGAGGGAGCACACUGCCCUUCUGAAAAUUGAGGGGGUUUAUGCCCGGCAGGAAACAGAGUUUUACUUGGGCAAAAGAUGUGCCUACGUGUACAAAGCUAAAAACAACACUGUAACCCCCGGUGGUAAGCCCAACAGGACACGAGUGAUUUGGGGGAAGGUAACCCGCGCCCAUGGGAACAGUGGCAUGGUUCGUGCUAAGUUCCGUUCCAACCUUCCUGCCAAGGCCAUUGGACACAGAAUCCGAGUGAUGCUGUAUCCAUCUAGGAUCUAAAUUUUUAUUGGAAAUAAAAUGUGGAAUCUGUUUCA